AUGCGAGGUUCAGCAAAUACAUCAGACUCCGAGGGCUCUAGCCUGGAGAAAGGGUUGAAACCGCCCACGGCGCAAGAUAUGGAGCUGUCCAAGUCGAGUGCUGACGGUAGUCCAAAGGACGCCCCUCCUAGCUUCCCAGAGGGCGGCUUUGAAGCAUGGUUGACAGUCUCGGGAGCAUCAGCAGCAUUAUUUGUUUCGUUCGGAUGGGUCAACUGCAUCGGGCUGUUUCAAGCCAAUUAUGAGAUCAACCAGCUCAAAGGGUAUUCAAGCUCUACAAUCUCAUGGAUCACAUCAAUGGAAUUUUUCUUCAUGACCUUCAUGUCGCCUGUGGCAGGACGAUUGUUCGACAGAUACGGGCCGCGCAUACCGCUUCUUAUCGGAACAGUAUUACAUGUUCUCGGCCUCAUGAUGGCUAGCAUUUCGACGAAAUACUACCAGUUCGUGCUUAGUCAAGCUAUCUGUUCGGGUAUAGGGGCCUCAUUCAUCUUCAACCCUGCUAUGGCCGCACCUCAAACAUAUUUCCGGGAGAAGAGAGGCAUCGUUGCCGGUCUCACAGUCGCCGGAUCGUCACUGGGUGGAGUUAUCUUCCCUCUGAUGGUCCAACAUAUCCUUCCGCGCGUGGGAUUUGGGUGGACAAUGCGAAUCUGCGCUUUUUUGAUUUUAGGCCUGCUUAUCUUUGCCAAUUUGACCAUCACGUCCAACCUCAAGCACGGCCGGCGUACCUUCAAGCUUAUGGAUUAUCUCAAUCCUCUAAAGGAGUUGAACUUCUGCAUCAUGUGCUUUUCCAUGUACUUUCUAUUUUGGGGGUUGUUUGUGCCUUUUGACUAUAUCGUUGUGUCUGCGAUACAUUAUGGCAUGCCUCAAACCUUGGCCUACUCACUUGUACCAGUUCUGAAUGGCGCGAGCUUCUUCGGUCGUACGAUUCCCAAUUAUAUCGCUGAUCGCGUUGGCCGGUUUAAUGUCAUGAUAGUCAUGUCGCUUUUAUCGACAAUACUCGUAUUGGGGCUGUGGCUCCCCGGCCGAAGUACUGGUGCCAUUUUCGCGUUCUCGGCUUUGUUCGGUAUCAGCUCUGGCGCCGGAAUAGGGCUUGGACUCCCACUGAUCGCACACGUAUCCCCGAUGAAGGAGUUUGGUUUUCGAAUGGGCACAAUACUGUGCAUCUCCUCCUUUGCAACCUUGACCGGCCCCCCGAUCGGCGGAGCAAUUGUGGCGCAAGACGGCGGCAGUUUCAUUUAUCCAUGUGUCUUUUCUGCUUUGAGCUUCCUGAUUUCAGUGGCUGGCUUUGCUGCUCUGCGAAUUCGGCUGGGGGGCUGGAAAUUUACGGCCAACAUAUGA